AUAUAAUAUAUUAGUUUUUAACCAUUUCAAACUCAUAAAAUUUGACGAAAAUAUUGGCAAACUAUUUUCAAUUAAUUUGACUUGAAAAUGGCCCGGCGAUUGGGUAAGAUGCAAGAGCUGGCGGAAAAACUUUUUACACCAUCGGAAAUACAUCGUUUCAAUGCCUAUCGAGAUAAUUUUUCAAAAAAAUAUUUGAAUUUGAACUCGUAUAGCUUUAGGUGGUCCUUCAAGCGGCCCAGACUGUCAGUAUCUAUGCCCAAGUGGAUAAAUUCGCGUUUCUUCACAUCCGGCGACUGUGAACAAACCAGUGAGGAAUGCUGUCGCGAGCGACCCGAUCACUUGCAGCCGAAUUGUGAAAUCGAUUGGGAUUCGGUGCAUCCACCUGGUCAACCCUAUGAGCCCCGUGACACACACUACUGGUAUCCAGAUCCGGAAUAUUUGGAGCAAUUCCAGGGCCAGGUCUUUUGGCCCAUGGGCGAUGAAUGGAAGAAGCGGCCGAAUCCAUCGAGUCGCUACUUUCCGCCCAUCAAUCGAACAUUUCGCAGCAAGUUCAUCAACUUUGGGCCCGCACAUCCAGCGGCACAUGGAGUGCUUCGCAUGAUCCUGGAGCUGGACAAUGAGACGGUGCUCUCGGCUGAUCCGCAUAUUGGCUUAUUGCAUCGAGGCACGGAGAAACUCAUCGAGUACAAGACUUACACCCAGGCCUUGCCCUAUUUUGAUCGACUCGACUAUGUCUCAUGUAUGGCCUGCGAGCAGGCCUAUUCUCUGGCCGUAGAGAAGCUGCUGAACAUUGAGAUCCCACCCAGGGCCAAGUUCAUUCGCACCCUCUGCGGCGAGCUGAUGCGUCUCACCAAUCACACCAUGGCCGUGAGCUCAUCCGUGCUGGACUGUGGCGCCAUCACGCCGCUUUUCUGGCUUUUCGAGGAACGCGAGAAGCUGUACGAGUUUUCAGAGCGCUUGUCAGGCGCUCGUCUGCACGCGGCGUAUAUUAGACCAGGCGGUGUGGCCCAGGACAUGCCCUUAGGCUUCAGCGAUGAUCUGUAUCGGUUUAUCAUAGCCUUCAGCGAUCGCCUCGAUGAGGUCGAGGAUGUCGUUACUGAUAAUCGCAUUUGGCGCAUGCGCAACAUUGGCAUCGGCCGCAUCUCGGCGCACGACGCACUCAACUAUGGCUGCACGGGUCCCGUACUACGGGCCACGGGCAUCAAAUGGGAUCUGCGCAAACAGCAGCCCUACGAUGCCUAUGCCGAUAUGAAAUUCAACGUGGUCAUCGGCUCUCAGGGCGAUUGCUACGAUCGUUACCUCGUGCGCUUGCGUGAAAUGCGCGAGUCGUGCAGUAUCAUUUUGCAGUGCUUGAACUUGAUGCCGCCGGGUCACAUCAAGGUGGAUGAUCGCAAGAUUAUGCCGCCACAGCGUCGCAAAAUGAAGAGUGGCAUGGAGGAUCUCAUACAUCACUUCAAGCACUUCUCGCAGGGCUAUUGUGUCCCGCCGGGAGAGACCUACACGGCCGUUGAGUCGCCCAAGGGCGAGUUCGGGGUUUAUCUGGUUUCGGAUGGUAGUUCGCGACCAUAUCGAUGCAAGAUUCGGCCCGCUUCCUUUACGCAUUUGGCACUUCUGAGCAAACUUUCGCCUUCAUAUCUGCUAGCCGACGUUGUGGCUAUUAUCGGUUCGCUGGACAUAGUUUUUGGCGAGAUCGACCGCUAGCCGAAUUUAGGGUGUUAAGGUAGUUAAGAAAUGACAAAAUAAAGAGCUUGAUGCUCAAAGCAAAUGCCUGUCAGGCUUACCGUAUGAUUCAGAUACCCUGUGACAACUUGACUCCCAAACCCUUACCAAAUGACUGUUAAACAUACACACUUUUAUUUAAUUAAGUGCCUCAAGAGAAUACAAUGUGACUCAUCCGCUCGCCAUAUGACUAAAUGUGCAGCAACUGUAUAUAAAACUUACUUGCAGCGUGUGAUUUGUCAAACUGUCACAACCGCAUCAAAACCUUAGUGUGUGCUUGUCAAACUUUCACAACGAGACUGCAAGCUCUUGAAAUCGUAUAGCAAGUACGUCAGUCCAGGACUCAGAAUGUGACUGCCAAACCUAAGUGAGCGAGCCUUUACACGCCGCGCGUGUGACUGUCAAACUCUUAGCGAGUGCCUAUCAAAUAGCAUGCGUGUUACUGUUAAAUUUAAUGCGUGCUUAUGUGACAGACCGAAAUACGAGCUGACGUUUAAUUACACACUUAAACAACAAUAACAACAAGUGUUGGCGACAACGCAAACACCAUAAACUAUAAAUAAUAACAUCAGCAACACGAGCGCCAACAACAGCAAGAAAUUACGUUAAAUCCUAUAAUUACAAUAAUGGGAAAGUCGUUGCCAUAAACAAACAAUAUGUCAGUAAAUUUUUGGCAACAGUUUUAAAUAACUACUCACACACACAUACACACACA